UACAACAACGACAGCUUCAUUGGAGUCAACAAAACUGUAAUUCUAUGCUCCAACUUUUCUCGUAACUACACCAAAAUAGUGAAAAAACCUGGAGACGAUCAAAGCGCAACUCAAGAACAAUCUCUGACAUUCACCGUCAUCACUUAUGUUGGGUUUUCGUUGUCAAUUAUCUCUCUUAUAUUUCUUUUGGUGACCUGUUUCCUGUUUGGGGAGUUGCGCACCUACCCUGGUAAAGCGGUGAUACAUCUGUCAUGCGCAAUGAUAGUCAUGCAGUCCGUAUACUUUGCAUCAGACCCGGAUGUUGUUUCCUCUACAGCCUGUGCUGUGCUGGGUGCCCUGCUGCAUUACUCCAUCCUUGCUGUUUUUCUCUGGAUGGGUGCAAUUGCUCAUAACACACAGAAAACCUUUUCAAAUCCAAGUAAGCUUUUUUGAUUAUGUUGUUGUUGUUGUUUACAUAUACUUUCAAACGGUGACUAAAUACUCGACUGGUAGCAAUUCUGUUGGAUUGACGCUGGGGGAAAGGAACGUUUACUAUAAUAGCCUCUGCAGGGGGCUCCGCCCAGGAGGAUUGUUUAGACCUUUUAACACAAUGAAGCUACAUAAAAGGAGCAGACAUUAUACGAGUUCAAGUAUUGUUCUCAGACGUACCAUUUUUCAAUUGAAGGUAUACUUAAGAGAGAUAUUAUAGGUUUCUAUGGAGGUGAAUUCACCACGGUACACGAUGGCUAUGGCUUUGCGGCACCGGUCGAGUCGAUCCAGAUGUGGGUCGUCUCCAUUUUCUUUCGGUUAUCAAUGAUCAAUGAAUAUUUUUGGAUUCGGAGCCCGGGGGAACUCCCGUAUAAAUGUGAAGGGGGUGCUCGUCGUCUCGCCUAGGGGUCUAACUUGGGGUGUUUAGGACGGAAAGUGGCUGUAUUUGCCCAUUCAGGUAUCGCUUAGGGCUGUGCAUUAAGAAAUUUACAAAAAUGCCGAGAUGUCUGUUUAAGUAUGGUCUCCUUUAGGGCUCAGUUUAAGUUUGAGCCACACCCACAUUGGUUUCCCUUAUAGGUUUAAUUUUAAUUUUCCGACGAGUAUCCUCGUCACUUUUAUAUGGGAGUUUUCCCCCGGGAUUCGAAGGGGAAAAAUCCACUAGCUCUCCCAACGACCAGUCUUUAAGAGCUUUGCUGCUAUAGAGCCCAAGAGGGAGAAGGUAGUGCUUUACGGGUGUGACUGACGUCUCCUUCUUUGUGUGUAGAUGCGAAUCCAACUAAUCCUCUGGUGAUAGCUCAGCAGAAGAGGUGGUACAUUGGCUACAGUGUGAUUUGUUGGGGACUUCCUAUUGUGGCUGUUGGAGUUUGCAUGGCUUUGCAAUUGACUGACACCGGAAAUGUUGGUUAUGGUGAGUUAACGGCAUACCGCAUGUUGUCUUAGGGAGAGAGAAGUUGCAUGAAAUUGGAAAAGGUGGCUGCACCCCUUACCGCACCCUGCGAGAAGGAGCUUCCUUUUGUCUUCUUCUUGAUUGAGAAGGAGAAAAUGAUGCUGUUCCUGAAUAGUGUCAAGCCUUUGACGUCGCCGCAGCCCAAACCUCUGGACUAGUCAAUCUUGUUUUUUGUUUUUUUUUCUCUCCUCAAACUAGCUUUCUAGUGCAAGAAUCGAUAUAUUGAUAACUGAGCCUCAUGCACCAAGCACACGGCUAUUAGGCCUGAGUUAUAAACUGUAUCCUAACAACUUGCAGUACAUGCUCAACAAAGAUCUUACUCGAUUCAUCAAUGCAGAGUAUUUUUCGAGUAGCGCCAAUUCGAACAAGCGAAAGAAGGGCUCUGCUAGCAGGGUGGCCGAACCGGUAAAGUUGCCCAAAUUAGCCGAGCAUUUUGUGAUCUUUUGUGAACAAACCAAAGAAUUUUGUCACACCCUCGCUGAAGCAAUUUUUCACGCUCUUUCUUUGCUAUCUCUGCAAUUAAGAGUUCACUAGACCAUACUGCUGCAGCCAGUAACCUUAGCAGCCCAUGAACACUCUCAUUACAUACUUCUCUCACAUAUUGCAGGUUCAGAUGUCAACAAAGAUGGAUGUCAGCUGUCUCUGCCUGCUCGCAUUUACGCCAUUGCCAUCCCUGUGUCGUCGCUGCUUCUGUUUAACAUUGUGGCUUUGAUUCGCACAACUUUUGCUAUCAAGCACCACGGACAAGUACGAUCUUGUUUUUAGUCUCCAAACGUUAGUCAUAAAAUAUAUUCUUCUCUUGGCGAGUUUUUGGAAGCGGGAAUGGGAAGGGUGACCCUAGUUAUCCCCCUAGCCUCAUAUAACCUGUAUCUGAGAUCAAUUCCCGAUCAAAUACUAAUCCACUUAUGUUAUAUAAAUGCUGACAACACAUGUCAAACAACCACGGAGACAGUCUAAAUAAUACAUUGUGACGAAAAUCUAUAAAAGACAACGAUUUUUUUGGGGGAAGAAAAGCCCAUUUUAAUGACCAUAAGGGCACUCCUUUUUUUGAUUAGCCUGGAAUGCAUUUCCUGAUUUUGGUUUGGUUAGUUUUGGAAUAGGAGGCCCGGUCGGCCCGUUGGGGGUACCCCCCUACAGGGCUCCGCCCAAAACAGGGCACCAUUCUCACGCUUCAGAUAUUUGAAAGCGAAGGAAUAUCACUAGGAGUAGGGAAAGGGUAUGGAAAUCCGUCAUUUCGGUCUGUGAAAAGGCCGAGAUUAAAGGGCUAACAGGUGGAUUUUAUGACUGAAAAGUCGAGAAAACAUUCCGUGGCUUUGUGAUUUAUUCCAAUUUUAAAGACAGUGCAUUUACAGCAUUUAGAUAGCGUUUGUGAUUUAAGUAGUGAAUUCGAAAUUUUAAGGCUAUUGUAGGACGGUAACUUUAAAUAUUUCCACCGCGCUAACACACACACACAAAAAUCAUUUCCUUAUUUCAGGGCAAUACUGCGGCUGUAACUCAAAGAAACCUGCCAAUCAUUGUACUGAAAUUGACAGUUCUCACGGGAAUCACAUGGCUUCUGGGAUUUGCAUUGGCUUUCUAUCCAACGCCGUAUUUGGAAUAUCCCUACGUCGUCAUAAACAGCUUCCAAGGUGAGUAUGGUAUUAAAGGAGUG